AUGAAAGUUUCAAGAUUUUGCUUCGUAGUUUACCUGCAACUUUUGUUCCUUUUCGUAGAUUUGUUCAUUAAUUCGUUUGGAGAGCUCUUCCGAACUGCAGACGUCGUCCUUCUUGUGUUGUACAUGUGAGUAACUCACCACUAUCGAGUAAACUUUCCCUACGGGUGUUUCGGCGGGCAUUUCCGACUCAAAAAAAAUUGUUUUCCCUCUCGAGUCGAUGGUUACUAGUAUUGUUUUUCUUGAGAGAACUUUUUACUUGGGUUAGUUUACCUAAAUAUCUAUUCAAAAUAUUUAAACAGUGAUUUGUAGUUUUGAGGCUAUGUGGUGCCCUUGAAAACCACAUUCAGUUAUGGUUAUUCAAAAGUCGACUGUACAUGUUUUUACGAAUGAAUUGUGACAACUUCUGGAUUUUAUCCGAUGCGUCACUUGUAAAUUUCCUUAAACUUUUUCGGUUAUUUCUGGAAACAAAACGUCUGAUUCUGUUCCACUUUAUGAACAAGCGUGCAUUCAACUUCUCGUGUGGUCAUGGAGGCGUGCACAUUGUGUGAAAGUAAAAUAUUUAUGCAUGUUGUGUUGAGAUCAUUUGCAGCAUUUUCUUAACUUUUGAUCGACGUGCAAACGGAUUACUGUUCAAUUACUUUAUUAGAAAGUGGCAUUGUCAGAUCAACAGCUUCAAGAUUGAGGGAAAAAAGCGAAAAUGCCAAAACUUUUGCGAGAAACGGAUAGGAACUUGUAAUUAUUCAUAGACGAUAGUAUCGCCACUAGAAUUGUACAAAAUUGAUUGACUCCAGGUGAGAAUUUAUAAAUUUGACCAUUUUAUCGAAAUCGCUGUUUCAAAUCACGCUAGCGUAUGUUGUGGUCACGUGUGUUCGUCAGACAGGCUGUAUCACUUUUUAGGUUUAUUUUCAUCUGAGAUGGAUCAGAGUACUAUGAUUUUUCUUAUCCAGCUUUGUGUGAGAAUGUGCAUAGCGUCAUCCAUAUGCUCACCUGUUUUGAUCUGCCUUCCUCUGAUUUCAUCAACACCUCAAGAAGUUAUUAUUCUGUUUUUCAUCAGUUCACAGGGGAUGCUUCUAACUGUCAUUUGAAUCUUAACUAAGAACAUUUUUGUCUAUAUACUAUACAAGAGAAAGUUUUAGCGGACAGGGCUCAGUUGUAUAAAGGGCAGAUAAUGCUAUCCAGCAGAUAAAACGCUAUUCAGCAGAUAAGUAAUAGCAAAACGUAUAGCGUUAUCCACCAUAUAGAGAUUUAUCUAGUGGGUAGCAUUAUCUGACCUUCGCACAACUGGGGCCAGGUCUUUUGUCCCUAAGAGUCUCACCUUUCUUAGCUUAUUUUGCUAAAUGAUGUAAGUCUUACUUUUAAUACCUUAGUUUGUAUGUCACACUGUUAUUUGGUAUAGAAAUAGAUACUUGGGAAUUGAAAAUAGCUUGAAGGUAAAGAUGUUUAAACAAUAACACCUUAUUCAUCUGUCACUAAAAUUAUUUUUAGUAUCCUUUUACAAAUUUAACCCUCUGAAACUUCACAGGAGGAAGAAAUAAAUUUUGCAUUUAGUGUCUGAUUUCAGAGUUAAUCCAACAGAUUGGCAUGCUGGACUAAAUCUUUUCAGGAUUAGUUCACAAUGUUCACUGAGCCUGAGGCAAAUAAUUAUUUUAGUACAAUUGUUCAGGUGAUUAUCGAGAAAAACUGAUAAAUUCUAUAUUGUUUCUUUGCUUCCAACUUGUUGGGUAUCAAAGAACAGAGAUGCACGGUCUGGCUCAUCAAUCAUGGGGUCUGUUUAUAAAUUACAAGGUUGAGGUAAAAACUGAAUAAAUUUUAGAUGAUAUUCAGCAGUCUUGUCAAUGUCCAUGUGCAAGUAUUAAAGAGGAUUAACAUUUCUAACCUAUAGCCUAUUGCCACCAGUUCAAUCUGAUACACACCCUUUCUAUAAUCACCUUGGGUAGGGUGAUUACUGACAGAUUGAUGCAAUCCUCGAUUAGUUAGACUGCAUGCAUCUCUUUAAUCACCUGAGCAAUUUUACUAAACUUCUUUAUGACUCUUAAGCCUCUAUUUAUGGCCACACUGUCAUGUUUGAAAAAUUUGUUGGGCUUACUAAAGAGCUACUCUCAGCAGGGGACACUAAUGAAUCCGCUCUUUCAGUUCUAUUGCUUGAAGUGGAGAAAAAAAACUCCUGGUGUUGUGAUCCCAUAUUUGCCUGUUGUAUUAUGUUGCAUAGGUUAGGAAAUACUCAGAGAUAUUAACCCUGAUAAGGUUGCUUUGCAAAUCCAUGGAAGAAUGAAGAAUUUAUAUUGUGCAAACAUAUAUGCUUCUGAUCAAGUCUUAUUGAUAGCUUUAAGGUUAGCAUGUUGUAUAGUGUAUGGAGAUCAAAAUAUGACAUGUAGCAUUUUACCUUUAACAAGAUACAAAGAUUUAAAAAAAACCAAAAAGAGCCGCCUCUCAUGCAAUGAAAUAUGAUCAUUUGUGUCAUAAUGUAGACACUUAAGAUGUGAAUCCCAAAUGUUUUGACUGCUCACAGCUACUUUUAUUCAGGUGAUAAGGUCAACUGUAGACAUGUCACCCUCUGAACCACUGUUCAGCUGUGAUUGGCUGGUAUUCAACAGCUUUGAUUGGUAUAGUCUCUCAUAUUUAUGCAUCUUUGCAGAGGACACAAAUUAUUGAGAGAUAAAUGUUUAUAGAAAUAAUCAGAUUUCCAAACCACGUUAUAGUUAAAAAUGAAUUAUCAUUGUUAUUGUCAUUGUAUUACCAGCUUUAGAAGUAAAUUUACCAUGCAUGUAGCAGUAAUGUGAAUGACAAUGAUGAUAAUGGUGAUGAUGUUAAAAUGACAUUCUAAUUAAUAAUAAUUUCUCUUUGUCCCUGCACAGAAUUCAAGACCUCUGCAUUAUCUUUGCAAUUAUUGUGGUAUUUUUGGUAUUUUUCAACACAUACAUUUUCCAAGCUGGAUUGGUGUCCCUACUAAUCAGAAAAUUCAAGACAACUAUCAUUAUCUCUGUAUUAUACUUAGCACUAUCAGUGGGGCUACAUGUAUGGACUAUGGUAAGCUUCAGGUUGUAGUUUUGAAAAAGUUGAUGUUAGGUGUUACAUCACUAGACACUUGCAUCUCUGUGGUUGAAAUUAUUUUAUCAGCAGCUAAACAUUACAUGUAGAUAAUUGCUAAGUGAGCCUCUACUUUGAAAGAGUUUUCCAAGGCUGUUUGAAUUACAUACAGUGCAGGGUGGAGGGGUUACGCUACACUUACCCAUGUAAAGUUCAUGUGUACGCUUGUAAUGCAAGUCUAAAUGUACACUGUAUAGAUCUCUGUGUGGUUAACAUGUUAGCAAAUUUGCUUUUCAUGUACCAAGAACACAACUCAACAUCAUUUGAAUUCUGCUACCACCCCAUACAAACUAAAAAUUUGAACCUUGAGGAAUGUAUAAGAAAUCCAAUACAAAUACCUUAGGUUGUCUGCACACUUUGUUACCUAGAAGUGUAGAUUGACAGGGGUCCUAGAAUUAUUAACAGUUUAUUUAUAAACUGGUUGCCUUUUUUUUAACCUUGCUUUUUAGACAUUAAAAUGGGGUGCUCCCCAGGCAUUUAUUUGGAAUGAAGCUUUCCAAGCACUUUUUGUUUUUCAAAGAGUGGGUAAGUGUUUUAAGGUUUUGUGAAUUUUUUUCCAUCAACCACUUUUUCUUUAGUUGAGAGAAAUAUCUUAAGUAAAUACUUACAAGUCGUCAUCAUUAUGAUAUUAAAGUGUAGUGGUGAGCUAAAAAAAAGAUUGCAGCUCUGAGUGUGGUUAUAUCAUAGAUGUUUGAAAGGGAAGAAGACUUGAUAUACAUGUUUACAAGCACCGCAUAGAACACUCAAGACGAAAAAUGAUAUCAUAAACUUUUGUUAGGCUUCAAUUUUAUUAUUUUUGUUUCUUUCCUUCAGGAGCUGUUUUAUAUUAUUACUUCUACAAGAGAACGGCCUUGCGACUAGGAGAUCCAAGAUUCUAUAAGGACUCUCAAUGGUUAAGACAAGAAUUUGCAAGGACUCACUGAUUACUUUUACAGUCUUCAAAAUAAGGAAUCUGGAUGUUAAAGCAAGGAAGAAAAAAGUUAUAACAACCCAGUCGUUCAUAAAUAUUUCAUCGCUAAUGGACCACUCUUCUGUUUAUGGAGAAAGUCUGGUGUUGUGAAGUACAGAUUUUAUGUUUUCUUGAAAUAUGGGUGUGUAUGUAAAUAAUGGUGGAGCUUUCUCAGGCAAAAUUUAAGGAGUGGAAAGUGUGAAGAGUGCUCAUGGGCUCUAUAAAUGUUACUAGAAUUAAUAACUUUGCUAUGAAAAGAAAUACCUCUAUGGUACAUGUUCAUUGUACAUACUGGACCACUUUUUAAUUUUUUUGGAUGUAAGCAAGGAAAAGAUCUGUUUCAGGAAAUCCUAUGAAAUAGAGGCAAAAAUAUUGUUCAAAUGCUGCACCUAAGUGCUGGAUUUGAUGAUCAAUUCUUUUUUUGUAAAAGGCCAUCUGUUCACCAAAAUUAACUCUUUACCUUUAAACACCCGAAAAAGUAAAUCCACUAUGCAUGUAGCAAUAAUGUUAAUGACAAUGAUGAUAAUGGUGAUGAUGUUAAAAUGAUAUUCUAAUUAUUAAUAAUUUCUCUUUGUCCCUACACAGAAUUCAAGACCUCUGCAUUAUCUUUGCAAUACUUCAAAUUCUCCACCCCACCCAGGCGAGGUUUAAAUUCCCCACUUCCCCACUUCUCUGGGUGCAAAUGCCAGUCAAAUGCAUCAUGGU